UUUCGUCCGUGGUAUCGUCCGUCUUUGCCAGGGUCUUCGUCGUCUUUCGCGUGUCUGAUGCUUGAUUGUUUACUGCUCGCGUAGACUCUAACAGCGUAAAAAGUUAAUAUUGUGCCAAUCCGUUGUAUCUGGGCUUUUGACGUUGCUACCGUGCCCUUGGCAUUUAAUUGGACAUGUAAUUGCAGGUAAAAACUGUAUACCUGAAUGGAUCGAUUCCAAGCAGCCGGAAAAGAAGAUAACCCUCCCAAACGGCCCUCCCGCCUGACUUACCGAAAGGAAAGAAUUAAAGGCGGCACGAAAAAGAGUCAAAGCCUUCCUGUUAUAAAAACGCCUCUUGAGGAGCUCCGUCUAGUACACAACAACUCUGUUACAGCUUCACUAACACACGGCAGAGCAAGUUCGUCGUCAGAUGACGAAGCCUUUGAGCUUGCACCCAGCUCUUUGGCAGAAAAUAACUGCUCUUCUGACACACAGACGCCAUCGUUGCGACCUAAGAUGGAAUUGGUUCGUCUUUCUAGUCUUGUCAAGUGCCCAUCGUCCACCAGCCUGAAUCGACCUCUUAGUUUUGCAACGGAACAACUGCUACGCCAGACCAGUUGUGUGAGCACAGGCAGCCUCAAGUCCCUCAGUGAUGGUACUAAUGGUAAUUAUGGGAACAAACCUCAUCAGCUGGCUGCCCUAGCAAAAACUGAGUCAUCUACAGGAUCAACACGCUGCGUUACUGAGGUGAAGAAGCUGCACCAUUCUUGGACAGUUACAGGAAUGUCAGAAUUUCAGGACAGUGUUGACUUUCCCCCGGAUCAACCAAGUAUUCUCCCCAAAAUUUCAACUAAGGAUGCUCGCUUGAGGAGCUACUUGGUUGGAAAUGUCAGUGGCAAGGGUUCUCUGCUUGGUGAACAAGAACUAAAUCGUUACUUUCCGGACAGAAAGGUGAAUGUAUUUGUGGCUACCUGGAACAUGAAUGGAUUGGCAUCCCCUGCCAGCCUAGAUGACUUGCUACUCCCUAAAACAAUAGAGUAUGUACCAGAAAUUUAUGCUAUUGGUGUGCAAGAAGCCAUGAGUGACAGAAAGGAGUGGGAAACUAGACUUCAAUUCACGCUGGGUCCUUCGCAUGUUCUCUUCUACUCUGUCUCUUUGGGUGUCUUGAACCUCUCCAUCUUUUUGCGUCGGGAUCUGAUAUGGUUUUGCUCAGCGGCUGAAGAAGCAACAUACGCCACACGUACUGUUUCUUCUGUUAAGACAAAGGGAGCUGUCGCCAUCGCUUUCCAGUUUUUUGGGUCCUCAAUGUUGUUUAUCAACUCCCAUCUUGCAGCUCAUGAAAAAAGAGUUAAGGAACGUAUCCAGGAUUAUGAAAAGAUCUGUCAUCAGAUCGACUUACCAAAGCAAGCACAACUUAAGUUGCAGUACCAAAGCAAAGAUGUGACUGCAAGAUUUGACCAUGUAUUUUGGUGUGGCGACCUUAAUUUUCGACUUAUGAAUGAGCGUUCAACUGUUGUUGGUUUACUGAAGGAUCACCAUGAGGAUAAGCAAUCUACAUAUGAAAGACUCCUGAAAUUUGAUCAGCUGAGAAGUGCUAUGCAUGAUGGUCAGGCGUUCUUUGGCUUCCAAGAAGGAAAGAUAAAAUUUGGCCCUACUUACAAAUUUGAAGUUGGCUCAAGUCAGUUUGAUGGUGUGAAGCUUAGGGUGCCAUCAUAUACGGAUCGAAUACUUUAUAGAAGCAAGAGAAAAGGCCACAUAGAGUGCAUUCUUUAUGACUCAAUUCCACAAAUGCAAACCUCUGAUCAUCGACCAGUCUAUGGGCUCUAUGAGACGGUGGUUCGACCCGGAAGAGACAACACACGACUGUCAGCAGGCUUGUUCAACAGAGACAUCUAUUUAGAAGCUGUACGCAGGCGGGCUGCUGCUCUUGAAAUUCGACAGAGCCUUAAAGCCAGUCAAGUGUGUGCUGUAAUGUGAAAGCUUUUGAUGUGCUGUGCUAGAAGUGGGUUUUUCUCAUUCUGCAUGACUAUACACAAGUGUUGUGUUAUCCAGUUACAUUUUGGCUAGAUUUUAGACUGUCAGCUUGCACGAGUAAUGAGUAGUGCAGACAUUUCCUGUGGCACCUAUUACUGGUGAAUCUUUGAAGGUUAAUAGUAUUCCACAUCAUUUUGUUGUUUUGGACAAUACCUUAUUGUUCGGAGGCAGAGUUCUCACUAGUGCCUGCAUUCUUGUUUUAAUUUGCCAAAAUAAAUACUUUUUCUUUAGACAAUGAGAGCACAUUAGUACACUUGUGGUGUAUACCCUUUUGCUAUAGAAGUCUUCUUUUGCUCAUCCAUUAAUAUGUACAUGCAAAAACUUUUGUUAUGCAUACAAACAUAAAAAUAAAUAAAUAAAUAAAACAGGCCACAACAGCUGUAUGUAUGCAGUGUAGUGUACCUUGACCUGUUGAGGUAAAAAAAAAUGCAAAUGGCUGUGUGAUUCAAUAUUUAUAAUGGUAAACUGCUGACUUGAUGGUUCAUAUGAUUUCUCCAAGUUGAUAAUGAAAAUUUCUUUUAAUGCAGCUUUUUAAAUUAGUUUUAUUAUACUGUAAUAGAGUGACCAGGUUCUCUAGACUAAUGUGGGACACGGGGUAGUCUGUGCACUGUGAAGGGGGGGGGGGGGGGGGGUAAUGCAUAAGUGAACUUGAAGGCAGUUUUAUACUGUUAACAUAAAUUUAAGGGCUGAUUGGUGAGUUUUAUAGAUAUGCGGAAAGUUUGAACCCCAAUUCAGCUUUUAGGCUUAAUGCCAUUUUAUGUUUUUUAUACAUAGUGCUUCUGGAGCUGAUUCUUGGCUGAGAUGGGUGAAAAAUUGUUGUUUAGGGAACAUCCUGAAUGAGCCAUGCCUUGUAUGCAAGAGCACCAGUAACUGCAUCAUAGUUAUUUGACAUUACGUGAGAGCAUUAUGUUUCAGCCAUGAGCUUAGAUCUAAGCCUGUGCCCAUGACUGGCUGGUGGAGUAAGCUGUUAACCCCUUCUCUUACAGGCUAAUGGAAGUACUUUCUCAGUGUUUGCAACUCAACUGUGGGAGCUGUUGUGCACACUUCCUGUUCGGAAUUUAGCUUGGCAAUAUCUGUUUAACUGCAACAUUAUCAGUACGUGCAGUCUGAAGUGUUCCUGCCUUGUCGAUGCCAAGCUGUGCUUCAUAUUGCUCUCUUGUUGACACCACAGCUUGGCGCUAGGUAGUGGCGCAAGGUAGUCAGUGGGACAGUGUCAGGUGGCUGGGUGCACAGUUGUAAAAGUGGGACGUCUUGCAUAACUCUGGACACCUGAUUACUUUAGUUUAAACAUUUUCCUAAUGACAAGCUUAGCUUGUCAGUUCUUUUUUCUCAGGGUUUCUCACUGCAGAGUUUUCCUGGGGCAUAUUUAGAAUUACUGAAUGUUUCCUGACUAUCAGUUGAUCCGACCUGUAGCAUGGUAUGGCCAUGGUUGAUUACAAGGGGAAGGAUAUCUGACCUGUUUAUGUUUUUGCAUUCUUUUACUGCAAAAUAUGCGAAGACACUGCAACUUUUCCUUUGCUUCUCAUCAUGUCAGCAGUGCUAAUGAUCACGGCAUAUUUAUGACUUUUACUCACAUUAUUCUCAGAACUAAGCAUAGUUGCUGGGUGAUGCAGCAAACUAAUUUAGACCGUGUAUCAUUAUUUUUUGUGCUCCUCUAAAAAUAACAAUUUCCAACCAAUUUUAUUUUCUCUAGUGAGAUGUAAAGUUUACAUACUUAUAGCUCAGUGUUGUGAAUUGCUCACUUGUGCAAAGGUAGAGUCGUACAUUCCAAUCGUGUACUUUGAAUACUGGAUCAUUCCAUGCCAUGUGAUCCAGCAUUUUUUUCCCACAUUAUGGAUUUUGGUGAAAAACUGUAUACAUACUGGCAGCUGUAUGAACGUGAAUUUCCCGCAAUAUUCCAGCCAGCAAAAAUUUCCCUGUCAAGUGACAAAGCUUCCAUUUCCUGCGAAGCUUCCAUUUCCAUUUGGUCUACAUGUACUAUGUAACAUUAUCUUUCCGUCAUUGCUAAGUGACUGAUUUAUGCUAAUGCUGUUUUUUGCAAGCAUGCAAAUUGCUUCAAUUGUUGAAAUAUAAUUUGCUACAAAUAAUCAUGCAUAUUGGCAUGUGGUAGCUACGGUCAACGACACAGUAGCAAUACUGUACUAUAUAAUAUAACAUUUGUUAAGUGAUGAAAAGCAGUCACCCGAUAAAUAUAAACAAGUACACGUGUCAAUAUCAAAAGCAAUGGCAGAGAAACUUGUGGUCAGAAUUGAUUACUUCAGUGAUUUUUCUUGGGGAGAAUGCUAAAUCUAUGAGGUAAAGAAAGUAUGUCAGCUUAUGUGCUUGCAAUAAACUAAGUUCUAAAAAUAUUAUGUUUAUGGUUUGACAAUUUUGAAAGAAAUUGUAAAUGCUAUAAUUUUUAUAAAAAGGCAAUUUUCAAGCUGAAAGAUGUCGCAUUCGCUGUCGUACUAAAAAAUCUACAAUAAGCAGCUACUGUAUAUGUACAUGUUUUAGGACGAAUCUGUCAUAAAUGAGAGAAGUUACAAAACAUUAUUGCUGUUUUAAAUGUGAGAAAAUUUCUUAAAUGUAGUGUCACAAAAAACAUCAAUUUUGUAUGGCUGCCCACUGGCAUAUACAUCAGCAGGCUGGGAAAUUUUGUGCAAGUGGACACUUACUACUUUAGACAUUAAGGUCGACUUACUUUUAGUUUCGUAAGAGACCUUGGCUGUAGAUUGGAAUGCUUUUCCUAAUAGUACCUUGUACCACCAUAAAAACUUACAUGGGGACUUCUUUGUGUUGUGAAUGUGACCCGGCCUACUACUGGUUGCAAUCAUGUCCAGAUAAGGUCAUACAUUUUUACACACUUUGGUGUUAUCAAAAGUGUUGUAAAAUAAUGUCAUCUGCUUUUUAGGCAGACGUUGCCAUGAUCCUAACUGUAGCUCUUGCUUUGUUGAAAGUGACGCUGGUGAUAACAUGUAAUUUAAACAAAAUUCUCACGUUGGAAAAAUAUAGGUUCCCGUAACUUUUGUCUUUGUAGGACAUAUCCUAAAGUGUGCAGAACUUUUUUUUAGAUUUUUUAUUCUGACCAUCAGUGUGACUUUUUCCACCUUGAAAACUCUUUUUUGUUGAAAAGAACGGCAUUUGAGAUUGUUUUUAUGCAGACUAAAUGAAAUAUUUGAAGCAUACAUUUUUAAAAUAUGGUUUACUAUAUGGUUUAUGGCAUACAUUUUUAAAUAUGGUUAUCAACACAUACAUUUCUCACCUUGCAAAUUAAGCAUUGUUAAAAAAAAAAGAUCAAUUUCGACCGCACAUUUCUGUAUCAUAAUUGCUUAAUAUACUUGAAUGUUAAAAAAAAACAAAGAAACUACAUUUUAACAGUUAGAGCAACUCGCAUACUUGCAAAAGGCAGCAUGCAUGUACAGGGGCGUAGCCAGGGGGGGUGCUGAUGGGGCUUCAGCCCCACUCCUGAAAUUGGGGGUGGUGGUUGACAGCACCGCCACUGGCGCCGGGAAUCAUUCUGGAUUUUGUCUACAGUGCAUUUUUCACGCUCGAAAAGACAUUUCGGUGCGAAUAUUGCGAACUCGGGCUGGAUUUUGUGGCAACGCCCAUGCAGCUGGAGUCGGGCGGGAUUGACACAGCACGAUGAGAAAUUAACUACAAUAAUGUAUGUUUUAACUUUUGGCAAGAAAUUUUCUCUUGCAAUAUUUUGUCAUCUCUGAAACAGGGAAUAGAGUAACUGAUAAAAUCUGAAGUUCAAAUACAUAUCUGUGUAAACGACUAUUGACAUGUGCGCGCACAUGAGCAUUCCUGCUGAGCAGCUGUGUGCAUACACUGGUGUGAGCGGAAUCAGGGUGACCACCUUCUUACUAGCGAAAUGCGGGACAUGCUGAUCGGGCGGGAUUGACACAGCACGAUGAGAAAUUAACUACAAUAAUGUAUGUUUUAACUUUUGGCAAGAAAUUUUCUCUUGCAAUAUUUUGUCAUCUCUGAAACAGGGAAUAGAGUAACUGAUAAAAUCUGAAGUUCAAAUACAUAUCUGUGUAAACGACUAUUUUUUGCAUCACUGUAAUGUGCUUCGACAUGAAACAAAGUUAUUAAUAUAUCAACAUAAAAAUUCAGCAACCAGCAACAAAUUCAACCGGGGGCCCACAUCGGGGGGAAAGGCGGGACGGCGCACGCAGCUGGCGCCAGAAGCAUUCGUCGCCACUGUGAACCACGCAGCUAGCUGACUUUUUCGGAAGCUUGGAGUGCUUGCAGUUAACACGUCCUCAAACAGGGUGGCCAGAUGUUCAUGACCAAAAAUUUAUGCCGAUUUAGCAGUAAAUGCAAAAGAAAUGCGCUAGGGCAUUACGUCGCAUCUCUCUGAAGUCCUGGAUCCGAUUCAAACCGUGUUCACCACAUUGCAAAGUGCUGUGCAAGAGCUCGCUCGGCACACGUCCUGCCUCUUCGAGGAUCGAAGUGCAACUGACGGUGGUUCGGAGCAGACCACCGUCAGUUGCACUAUAUAUAUAUAUAUACGUAUAUAUAUGUAUAUAUACAUACAUAAGUACAUAUAUGCGUGCAUACAUAUAUCUACCGCAUGACCAGCUUCCCAUACACACUUUUUUCCACUUUGACACUCCUAAUGCUAACGUAUUAAAACAAUAAGUCACACACCGGAAGCACAGAGGUGCAGAAAUACUUAAUUUGAUGGAAUCUUACGUCCGCAAGCUGUAGUUGUAAUAUAUGUACUUAUUCUGUACAAAGUGCUGCAGAUCAAGAACAAAUGCAUUGUGAAAUGCUUGGAGUGAGACUUCUAUGACUGCCUUGCUUGCGUAGCUUCCCUUCUAUGUAUGAAAUGGAGUAUAGAAGAUACGCAUAUAUUGUGGACCUACUUCUGCACUAUGUCACUUGUAAAGACAUUUGACUUGUAAAAAAGCACGAAAACCUGUCAAGUGAACUACCCUUCACUUUUUGUCCAAGCCUCUUCCGUUUCCCCAUGGAAAUGGAAUGAAAUAAAACUAAAAUGAGACAUCAUCUUGCGAAAAAUGGAAGCUUCGCCAUAUGAUAAUAAAUUCUUCGAUGGCUAAAAUAAACAGAAUUCGUUCACACAGCCAUGAACAUAUAGAAUAUUUUAACUGGAAUAUGUUAUGGUCAAAAAUGCUGGAUCACUUGGUGUGGAAUUAUUCUCUGCCACUGCAUUGUAAACAUCUUCAAAAAAUGUUGUGGAAUGUCUUUACGCCUGCAUUGCUGGUUUUUUCUCUCUCUCUAUACAUAGCAUCAAGCAGUCUUUUUCUGAAGCAUAUUUUUCCCUACCUUUGGCUUUGGAAAUUGGUCCCUUCUUUCACACAAUUACACACACACAAGAUAAGCACUGGAAUUUCUCCCUGCUCUUUACCACAAACUAAAAUAAGUGCUCUGUAUGUCUAGAAAACAGAAUGCUCUUUUGCUCCAUAUGCAAAAACUCUGCUUUCUAUGUGUCUUAGAAACAUUGGUAUAGUAGUCAGUAAAUGAAACUUUCCAUUUAGAUGAAGAUGAAUUCUGUCAAUGUAUACACAUCAUCUGUGCAUUGUUUUAAUCCGGAGUCCCCCACUAUGGCGUGUGUAAUAAUCAGAUCAUGGUUCUGGUACGUAAAACCCUAGAUUUUUUUUCCCCCAUGCAUUGUAUUGCAAGUUCAUGACAUACCUAUUUUUAGUGUGUGCUUUAGUAUUUCGUUUUCCCAGUUUCACAGCAUGCGACUUUUUAUGGAUGCAUUGUGCCUUGACAAUACAUUCUUUAACCCUGUUAUGCCCAAGGCUUGUUGAAAGCCCAAAAUGAAAAAUGGCCAAAACAGUACAGUGAAAUCUUGAUAUAAUGAACUUUAGGGGACUGCAGCAAAUUGUUUAUUCCAAAACGUCGUUAUAGUGAAAGCCACAAAAUUACCAUUCCGUCACCAUAUGAGUUUACAAAAACGUCGCUUUUGGCUCGUGCUGUUGCUAUUCUCCAUAGAUUCUGCCGCCACGCACCACCGAGCACCGUAUAGCAAGAGUGGCGCGUGUAAAACAGACGCUGAGAAAACCACUGACAAAGACGAAACUCUAUGUUGCCUCUAAAGCGCAAAGUUUUUUUUUUUUCACAUUCCUUGCUGUAGACACUGCAACUGUCGCCUCCGCAAUAGAAAAAAAAAAAAAGUCCCCUCCUGCAUUUUUCUCCUCUGGUGCCGUCUCAUGUUUUCCAAACCCAUGCGCCGUGGCGUCCACUUUCUGUGCCUUGUCUGCUAGCCUAUUGUUACAGCUGCCGUGAAGGAUACACGGAAAUCUUAAAAUUCUCCAGAUUUCAGAAUAUCAAUUUGUAGUACUGAGGUAUUGUUAACACGACACGGAAACUGAAUAGUGAUCAUUAUUCUGAAAAGUUUAUUAAUCUGGUGUUCGUAGUAAUGAGGUUCCACUGUAAUUGGUGUCAUAAUAUUAUCACAUGAAUUGUACACCUUCAGCACCACACACUGAUAAGUAUAUCCAAGCAAUUGUACCAUGAAAACUGAACUGGCCUCUUGCCAGAUCUGUAAAGAAACAUUUACUUUGUUGCGAAUGUACCAAAUGUACCAAUCCAUUCGAAGCUGUGUGUGUGUGAACAUGAAAACAGCAGCAGAAGUGCAGCUAAAGAAGGAAAUUCACUUUCUGUGGAUAUCAUUACAAGUGAAUUCUCUUUGACCAGCCUGUUGAAGAAAGUUUUGCUGCUUUUCCUUUAUGUGCUUAAUACGCUAAUGGUGUUGGUGUGUGGUGCAGAUGGGCUUGUCCCCAUAGCAUAACACUGAAGCUAUGAAAUUUUCAUGCUUGUGUUUGCAUUAUCAGAUUGCUAUGUAUGUUGAUGGAAUUCUGCACUACAGGGGCCACAAUAUUGUGCAGCGUAUUGCCAAACCAUAUAGGAAGACAUGCUAAGAGUUUUUGUGAACACUUCUAUCAUUAUGCAAACCAUGUGUCACUUUCUAUACUUUUUUUGGUUACCAGCAAUAAAACUACAAAAAAGAAA